AUGGCGGCGGCGGCGGCGGGGCCCGAGUCCGGCGGCAGCAGCGGCAGCAGCGGCGGCCUCGGCGGAUCCAACACCUUCAAAAAGUCCCUGACUCCUGAGAUGCCGGGAGGAUCCCAAACCAUCCGGAAAGGUCACAGAGGAGUGGAUUCCACGGGAGAAACCACCUACAAAAAGACCACGUCGUCGGCGCUGAAGGGCGCCAUCCAGCUGGGCAUCACGCACACCGUGGGCAGCCUGAGCACCAAGCCCGAGCGCGACGUGCUCAUGCAGGACUUCUACGUGGUGGAGAGCAUCUUCUUCCCCAGCGAGGGCAGCAACCUGACUCCCGCCCACCACUACAACGACUUCCGCUUCAAGACCUACGCGCCCGUGGCCUUCCGCUACUUCCGGGAGCUCUUCGGGAUCCGCCCCGACGACUACCUGUACUCGCUGUGCAGCGAGCCCCUCAUCGAGCUCUCCAACUCGGGCGCCAGCGGCUCGCUCUUCUACGUCUCCAGCGACGACGAGUUCAUCAUCAAAACCGUGCAGCACAAGGAGGCCGAGUUCCUGCAGAAGCUCCUGCCCGGCUACUACAUGGUGAGAGCGCCCGGAAUUCCAGAGGUUCCUGGGAAUUCCCGGCCCUGGGAAUCCGGGAAAUCCCUGCGGAGUGCCCCCCGUGGGGCUGGGCUCUCGCCCUCCUGGGUGUGAGCCCUUUCCCAGCCCAAAACACCAUGGAAAACACCAAAAAAAUCCGUGGAAAACCCCAACAAUCCAUACAAAACCCCCAAACCAGAGGGAUCUGGAUGAUCUUCCCAAGUUAUAUCUGCAGUUUUGAAUGAUUUCUGACUCCAAAACCCUAAAAAUUAAUGGAAAAUGCCAAAAAAUCCAUGGAAAAACCCCAACAAUCCAAACAAAACCCCCAAACCAGAGCGAUUUUAUGUUCUUCCCACAUUUUAUUUACAAUUUUAAUGCAUUCCCAACUCCUAAACCCCAAAAUGCAUGGAAAACCCCAACAAUCCAAACAAAAGCCCCAAACCAGAGGAUUUUGAUGUUCUUCCCACGUUUCUUCUGUGAUUUUGACACAUCCCCAACCCCAAAACCCAAAAAGUCUAUGGAAAAACCUCACAAAUU